GGAGUGGGCGUGGGUGUGGGUGAGUUUGGGCUUUAUAAACGCAGCGAAUGGGCUUCAGCGCGGACCUCACUUGUUGAGUGAUCUCUAGGAGGACAGUCUGCCGCGAGCCUGACACACACUCCGUUCGAUCGGAAAAUGACGACGGCAAUGAUGAAAGGAUUUGUGCUGUUCGUCUGCUUGUUCUUCACAGUUGUUCAGUCCAUCACAUGCGAGGCCAACAGGAUAGACGCGCGCAAAAAGCACGAAAACGACGUGGCGCACCACAGCUCUGCCACAACAGCAGGAGCGUGGAAUCCGAAGCCAAAAAGACUCUUUGCCAGGACUCGCUAUCUGUCUCAGCAGAGACAUCAUGUGGUGAGACCUAAGCCCAGGUCUGAGGCGGUUUCUCCAGCGCGGCGCUGCGCCGGUCUGAUGGAGAGCUGCUCCUCGCUCACUCCCUGCUGUGACCCAUGUGCUUCCUGUCACUGCAGGCUCUUCAACACCAUCUGCCACUGCUGGAGACUCGGACACCUCUGCCCCAAGAAGACCUAAUCACCCCAGACGCACAUAUAUGUAUCGAUGCUUCUCAGUUGCUUUCACUUUAGCUCUGCACAUUGGACAUCAAAUGUUGUUUAGCGUACAAAAACAAAGUCAUGAAAAGUUGCUUCUUGGUUAGUUUAUAAAUAUUUCUUGAAGUUUGAUGGUAUCUCGUUCCCAGCUUUCAACAAUUCACCAAAGCCAUUUUUGUUUGUUUUUUGGUGAUGGCACAUCUGUCUAAUUUGACUCACUUCUACCAAAGAUUGGGCCAAAAUACUGCUCGAGUUUAGUUGCAUACUUUGAUGUUCCAGGAAUAUUCCGUACAGCUGGCAUAAUGUUGAUUACCACAGAAAUGAUUUCGACCCAUCUCGUGUUUUCUUUAAAACAAGCAGAAAGCACAGGCACUACAUUAAGUGAAUGAGGCCAAUUUUUGGAGGAUUUAAAAACUUUGAUUUUAUAAAAGCUCCU